AUGUUCUUGUUGAUCCUGCUCUGGAGCAGCUUUGGUCCUGCAGUACCAGCUUCCGCAGCGCAUCGGGAUGCCCCCUGCUUUGUGGACGACUUGGUGGCAGCUCUCCAUGACGCCACGGGGAAAGACGGUGAACUUCUAGCCAGCAGCCCGGCUUCGUUUGGGAUCUGCAGUGAAUCCGACAGUUCAUCCCGAUCGGUCCUGUCAGAACUCAGCGUAGGAAUACGAAGGAACGACCGAAGAGGCGUGGAGGUUUUGGAUCCGGCUGCAGGUUUUUUUCUAGUCUGCUUGCAUUUCAGGGAGGACGUUGUACAUCCUGGUAACAGGAAAAUCAUCUGAGGGAAAUGUGGAACAGAAGUGGAAUAUUUCUGUUCAGGCAAAAUCCCCCGGUCGGGUUCAUCGACGGCCUCCUCCCAGACAACUUCCCUCUCCUUCCUGUGUGAGCUGCGACGCUUCCUUGAUGCCGGCCUGCCGCAGCAACACGCCGAGCCCCUUCUGCUGCGGCUCGACUCCCUGCAGUCCCUUCCUCCCCUGGCUCUUGGCCUUUCCACCAGCGAGACCCUGCUGGCGGAGAUCAUUAACUCCUCUGCCCCGACUAUCUUUUCCUUCAGCAGCUGGAGCUCCAGCUUCCCUGUCCGUCCUGGACAGCUGGCCCUCUCCCCUGCUCUGCUGGGGGAACUGGGGCAGAGGCUGGAAAUGAAUGAGCGGCAGAUGAGGGAGUUGAUAAGGCAGGGAAUGGUGCCUCAAAGAGCAUCGGAGAAGCUGGAGAGGCUGAGGCAGCUCAGUGCUUUUCAGAAGCAAGAUUCGUCAGCAGAAGGAGAGAGCCAGUACUGCGCUUUCCUCCUCCUGAAGGCCCUGCAGAUGUUGACCCGUGCGUACAACAUACAGAGAAAGCUGAGGGCCGCCAGAGCAGGCCCUUCAACCAGGGGCCCCACCUGUGGGCUCGGGAGCCUCACUGUGUUCCUGACAGAUCUCGUGUCGGGACUCUUGGGUCCCCAGAGUACCGACCUCAACAACUGCCGCGGCUCGUGCGCGAUUCCGCUAAACAACAUCAACAACCACGCCGUCCUGCUCACCUACCACAUCGAGAGGGGCAACGUGAACGAGCGGGGGCCCUGCUGCGUGCCGCUGACCUACGACCCCCUGGAGGUGAUAGUCUUGAACGACGAGGGCAGCUUUCUCACGAGCAAGCCGGAUAUGGUGGCCAAGGAGUGUGGAUGUCGCUAAAAGUGUUUCGGAAUACCUGAACUAUGUUGUUCAGAGGGAAAUAAGUGUUGUGUUUUUUUAUUUUUUAUUUUUGCUGCAUGCAGCAGUAAAUAGUGCAGUAAAUUCAUAUUAUUUACAUAGAUUUCUUUAGCUUUUACUUUCAAGUAAAUGUAGGAUGCACGUCAUAUAUAGUUUUUGUCUUAAAAAGCGCAAUCAAAGAUAAUUAAAUAGUGAUUCAAUGAUAAUGCAUUAAAAACACCAUCUUCAAAGCCA